AGCGCCGUGUUCCUCCUCCGAAUGAAAGACCCGACCCACGUUAAACACGUUGCUGGCACGCGCAACUCCCAAUCGGCGACAGGCUAUCAAAUGUUCGGGGUCGCCGCUGUGUCAACCAGCAGACCGCCGUCGCAGCGGGUACGGGGAAUAAACGAAGAGAGACGUGAGCAGUGCCACAAGAGCGCCAGCAGGGACCAUUGCCGCAGCGAACGGACUUGAUGAAAUGCUACUGCUGCUGCCACCGGCGCUCCGGUUCGAUCCGGUUCCCAGCCGGGGCGGAGGAGACGUAGUCGAGAAAGAGAGACGAGCAGCUGCCGCCUGCCUCCUCCACCGCUACAGCAGCAGGGCGAGGGGCGAGAAAGAAGCCAGGAGCGAGGCGCACAACCCUCCCUACUCCUCCCUCGGCAACCGUAAACAAGCUGCUCCCUGCACGUGGAACGACGAAACAGCGGCGCACGAAGACCGAGUGUGGCAACACGGGACUUCACUCCACAAACAUAUGCGGCUGGCUGUCACAUUCCACUGCGUACUUUCUUCUUUUUUUCUUUUUACCGACGAGCACUACCGAACGUCACAGGAAAGCCUGACGCAAGGGUGUUACGACCAUCUACCGAAAAGUCGAUGUGAAGGCGACCCAGCUACUGAGCUAUGACCGACUAUGAAUGUGAGCAGCAGCCACCAACCUCUGUACUGCUGGGCCGAAGCCGGCGCAUGGCCACCGCGCGGCUGUUACCGGGACUCAGUACGAUCGUCGCUCCACGACGAGGAGAUGGUGGGCCUUCGAUGCGAGUGGGAGCGCAAGACAGACAGGAAGUUCCACCAGAAUCAGCUACGUCUCCAACAGGAGCGCCAGCGGGAGCAGGCUGACAGGCAGCUGCACGACAGAAGAGACAGGCUGAUGCAAGUGCUGGAGAAUGAGAAGAAAGUGCUUGAAGGAAAGCUGACUGCCUUAAACUUGGCUGAGAAAUCAAGUAGGCGCCAACGGUGUUGCAGUCCUAAAGAAAAGGAUUCCCAACUCGCUGAAACGAUCAAAACAAAUCAGUAAAGUGGGACAGCACCCUUUUUUUACCCUUUCCA